AUGAACGUCGCUUCGAUGGACCUCGCUUCGAUGGACCUCGCUUCGAUGGAUGAUGCUUCCAUCUCGCGUUUUCUCCGAAGCCACCUGUGGGGACCGAUACCUGGUAGCAUAUCCGGCCCUAACCCGGUGGCCGUGGCUAUGAAGCCCGUAUUCUCUCGAAUGCUGGAGAAAUACUUGAGUCGGACAGACUCCCAAGGAAAUCCCGACCCCGCCAACCUAGCCGCCAUACCCGUGAUGCAAGCAUUGCAGGAAGCUUUCUUGAGCCGAGAAGGGCGCUGCAAGCCCUCCAUGCUAGAUCUCGAUCAACUCCAUCGAAGAUUGACGACGUACCCAGCUCAUCUCCCGGACAGCGACUACCUCAAAGACCUCGACCAGAAGAUCGUCUUGGUGCAACAAAUCAAUCAGCUGUGUAAGAAUUUUCAUACGGAUGUCUCGAUGAAGGAGCUCCACUUAGACAAGGCUUCGUUCUGGUCUACGUUGAUGACCAUGGACUUGGAGAGAUUGAAGGAAGUUCGACGCGACCUGGAUGAUAUGACCAGCGCCAAAGCCAAGAGGCUUCUACUCACCGAUUUUCCGGUAUGGGCCAUGGCAACGCCAAUGCUUCUCCGUUCUUUUAUACGAGGGUAUGCGAAAGAGCCUUCCAGGAAGUAUUCUCCGGCCAAGCCGCUGAGGAACACGUCCGAAAUCAAACAUGGGAUGAGAUCCUGGCAUACAGAUGAACGCAUUGACGCGCUUCUGAAGAAGCUUACGUCGGAGUCUUGCCACGAAAACAUCAUCAACACUCGUCGUAACAUGAUCUGCAUGCACCUCCAAAUGGGCACGCUCUGGUACACCGGAGAGUUUAUGCUGAAACCGAUGGGUCGCCCAGUUCAGGUGGUUAUUCCAGUUCCGGCAGAAGAUCCGACUGAAGAACCUCAAAUGAAGACCGGAUGGGUCUUGACGUUGAUCUUCCAUUGGCUUCGGAAGACGGAGUUCCCAAACAUGCAGCAAACCAUACCUUUCGACACUGAUCCCCGCCAGCACUUCGAGGACCUUGAUCCCCAUGACUUUGGAGCCGUAGAUUACAGCACUGCUCAUUCUAUGGUCGGCGGAGAUAUCAUCCGGAUCUUCGCCUACGAUGAGAAGGACUUGCCUGACUGUGACCUCUUGGAUCUGCGGGCGAACCUGUAUACGGCAUUCUCGCUAGCUGCUGCUGUGGACCCGAGAGCCUACAAGUUUGAAGGCGAUGGCGACGAUGAAGGCUACAACCCAGAAGACGACUUUGAUCAGGAAAUAGCUACUACAGCUCGCAUGCGGAUGCAGAUGAAGAGGGACGAAUCAUUGUCGAACCCACGCCGCCGCAACACACCUUCGGCGGCUGCCGACAUACCGUCCCAUGUUCCCCAAAAUUCGCAACAAGUUGAGGAUGCAGCGGUGAGCCUUAAUGAAGAUGCAAAAGAGGAUACGGCCAAGAGCGACAAGAUGGUUGACGAGAUUCAAUCCUCUACUGCCUAG